CGUUAUGACGCCGUAGAAAAUGAAAAAAAGAAAAAGUAAUAAAUACUCAAACCACCAUCGAAUUAAUGGUAUUUGAUUAACAAUAAAAAAGAGAGUAGGAAGGCACAUCGAUGUUAAAUAUGGUAAGAGAUCUAUCAAUUCUAUUUUCACAUGCAACCUACUUCAGCUCGAUCCCUUCUUUCGAGUGGCGGCAAAGCGGGACAAAAGCGCGCUUGCGCGAUCGACGUUAGAACUAAUCAUGACUAGAAUAUUUUCCGUAAAAUGCUUGCGGUCAGUACCGAUUGACGCGUACAAGCGUACGUACGUAUGGGGAAAGUAAUGGUUGGAAUCGUAAACUGUGGAAGGUUGUAUCGUAAAUCGUGUAGGACGUAGGGUAGUAGGAAAUAGAUUCUAAAGCUUAGUGUCCCAUUGGUAGUGCCGUUAUCGGGUGGUGAGUGUAGAGCGCGCACUCGGGAAGUCACGUCGAAAAGUACCGAACGAAGGCGAGGAUAACCGAGUGAAACCGAACUGAGCCGAAUCAUAUGCGAGAUCGUGGCGCGAGGGAGCGACCCACGAGUAUCCACGAGCUCGUAACGUCCGCGAGUGAGAGAGCCACCGAGGAUCGUUCUUCUUCGUGCUCCUUCGUCACGACGCACGAUCGAUCGGGCUUUAUGGAGACCCUCGAGGCGAGCCACGCGUGCCGCCUAUGCGGCAACAAGUCCGGUAUCUCCAUAAAUAUCUUCGACAAGAAGAAGAACCACCUCAGAAAGAUCAACGCCGUUCUACCGAUCAUGGUACACGAGAUGGAUUUAUUGCCGAAGUUGAUGUGUCAUCUCUGUAGCUUCAAGCUCGAAGAAUUUUACAAAUUUUAUUUGAAUUGUUUGAAGACGGAUGCACAUUUAAAAAGUCAAUUGUCCUGGAUGAAGAAGAAAGAAGAAUCGAAGGAAAGGAUCGGUACACCUAUGGUACAAAUAAAAAAUGUUAAGAUCAAGGUCGAGCCGAUCGAUUACGAAAUGUACGAUUUGGAUCCGAUCGUUAAAAACGUCGAUUAUAUAGAUUCGAUGAAAUCCAGGACGUUUCCUAUGAAUAGAUCGUCAAGAGCAUGUGGGAUUCGCGAGAAGAUGUCAUAUAAAACUUAUUGUCAAUGUUGUUGCGAUAAAAAAAAUCAAAGGGAACGAUCGAUAUCAAAGGAAUAUAAAAGAUCUUGUCCUACGGAGAAAUCUACAAAUGACGAAAGAAAUGUUGAAACUAGAACCGUUGCUGAUGAUUCAUUGGAAACCAUUAGAAACGAUAUUUUACCUAGUCCGUAUUCCAAAAGAAUUUCUAUAAAUAGUUUAACCGAAGGAAAGAACGAAAUGAUCGGCACGGAUAUACCUGGGAACGACGAUAAGAUCUAUAGAAAUCGUCGCAUAAAAGGUGAGGUAUUAAGGAAUCCCUUGACCUGUAUUUUACGACCUAGAAAAAUUUCCGUUAAUUAUGUAGAAACGAGGAAGAAAUUACAUAGUACCUUUAAAGUGCAUAACGGUGCAAAGUCAAGCGACGAUGUUCGUAGGACGACGUCGUCCUUGGCUGAGGCAACAACAAGUAUUACGCCAACGAUAAAAAUCGAGAAGGAGGAGGAAGAAGAGAUGGAAGAGAUGGAAUUGGAAGUAGAGGAUGAAGAUGAAAAUGUGAAAGAGGAGGGUGACGGAGAGAUGGAAGAAAAGGAAGAAGAAAAAGAAGAAGAAGAAGAAGAAGAAGAAGAAACGAAGAAGAUAACAAAUUUCGAAGGACGCACGUUGAGACCGCGCAAAGGGACGAUCGACUAUAACGAAAGGAAAAGGAAGACUUUCGAUAAUUUGUAUCGGCCGUUAUCGCACGAUAUUAAUCUUAUUAGUGGUAAAAAGCAAAAGGUUGAAAAUAUUACGGACGAAUGGAGAUUGGAGAAAACGAAACAGAAGACAAAAUCUAUGGAGAAGAACGUUAAAGUGAAGAUAAAGGAAGAAAUCAUCGACGAUCUCGAGAAUAUACUUGUCGAUAAUUCCGAGAAGUAUAAAACGCGUAAAUCGAUGAAAAAUUCAUCCCUAAGUAUCGACGCUACCCCUACAAAAAUUCUUCCGAAGACUACAGAAUCGAAAUUCGUAUCGACAACGAGUCAUCUACGAGAAUCUAGGGAUAGUUCGCAUCUCUCCGAUAAAUUAGAAUCCUUGCCAAAGGUAUUAAGCAAAUCGAAUAAAAUAGUCGCGAAAUGUAAAAAGAGUUUACCUAUGGUAAGCCAAUCGUUAAAAUAUUUAAGGAGUCAUAAUUUUUAUCUUAGAAGUGGUAAAAUCAAAAACUUUCCUGCCGAUGUCGAUAUAUUGCCAGAGGCAUCGAGACGUAACGCGAAACAAGUUAAGUCUCGAAACGAUCUAAAGAUUAAGAAAGAUCUUUCGAAUAUCGAUGAUAAUUCUUCUUCUAGUACAAAUGUUCCUUCAUCUGUUAACCUGAAACAUUAUUGCGAACAAUGUAAUAUAAGUUUCGCAAACAAAGAACUUUACAAGUUGCAUACUUGUUACGGUUGAUCUCUCUCUCUCUCUCUCUCUCUCUCUCUCUCUCUUUUUGUUUCUUUUUUUUUUUAUUUCCUUUCAUUUUGUCUUCUCUCUUCUUUUUAUUAAGGUACGAUGAUCUCUUCCUUCAUUUUUUUUUUUUUUUUCUUUUUAAUUUUUACUUUUAUUUCUAUUUUGUAUUAUGAUAUAGCACAAAGGUUAACGUAUUUUUCAUUACCCAUAUGUCGUACACUUAUACCAUACAACUCAAUCGAUCGUGCACGUGUAUGUGCGCGCGCGCGCGCGUUAACAUUUUUAUUAAACUAUCUAAGAGUUUGUAUAUACGGAGAUUAAUAUUGACAUAUCGUGUGUUGAAAAGAGAUAUAUUCGUCGAUAGAUUAUGAUAAAUGCGUAAGGCCAAAGCAAUUGUAAAGUUGAUUUUAAAGAUAGUACCUUUAUAUAUAUAUAUUUUUUUUUCUUCUUUUUUUUUUUUUUUUUUUUUUUCUUUUUUUCUUCUGAUUAACAAGUCGUAUCUUAGAGUAUUGAGAUAAUGAACGAUAAAUACGGACCAUACGUACAUAUAUAUUUUUUUUGUUUAAAGAUGCAAAUCAUUUUUACUAAUUAUUAUCAUUACUAUUUCUUCGUGCAGAAAAAUAUAUAAAUACAUACAUACAUACAUACAUACAUACAUACA